AUGUACUCAUCCGCAAAAAGUAUCGGCGGCGACGUCGAUGACCUGAAAGAUGCCAGCAACUAUGAAGCACUCUUUGACUCUGGCUACAACUCCAACGUGCAAAGUAAAACCUUCAUUGAUGAAGCUGACAUUGAGUCAAUGCAUUGCUCAACCGAUGCUGCCAACGAUGACCCUAGUCGCAAGGGCAAGAGUCAUCCUGCUGAGACCUCAAAGGAGGCCCACAGCAAAACCAACGUCCAACAGUGGUCUGACUCAGGCGUCUGCAUUACCGAUUCCGGGCUCAGUAUCACCGAGGAUGACCACUUUGAAACAAGUCAACUUGAUAGUGAGACCAGCAGCAAGGCUGCCGUUGAGCCAGUGAGUGAUCUGCCUCGUCGGUGGCUCCAAGAGCAAAACAGCGAGGGUGAUACAUUGCUGCACCUGGCCAUCAUCGAAGACAUGGAAGAGAUUGCCUGCUCGAUUAUCCAAAACAUCCCCAGCUCUAGUGAUUUGCUCAACUCAUUCAACUAUUUGUACCAGGAAGGCAGAUGCGGCAAGACAAUUCUCCACUGGGCCGCGGAGAAUUCCAACUUGCAACUAGUGACCUUUCUUCUGAAAAAGUGCAAUCCCGACGUCAGUGUGCGGACGUUUUCCGGACAAACGGCGCUUCAUGUCGCGUGGAAGGCCAACCUGUCGCUGAAGCACGAAACUUCGAAUGACCUUAAAUCCAAAUCCAACAAGAUCGUCAAUUUGCUGCUCGAAAGGAGCGGCGAAGAAUCGAAGAUCUCCCUGGAGAGUCUCUACACCGACUCCGAGUCAGAUUACACGUCUGAUGAGGAAUAA